UUCUCUCUCUCUCUCUCUCUCUCUCUCUCUCUCUCUCUCUCCUCCCGUUUGUCUCCCUCUCUCUCUCUCUCUCUCCGUCACGUCUUCAUCGGUCCCCAUCACCUCAAACCUUUUAGAGCGAACGGAAUAUUUAGCACAUAUCGCUGUAAUGGAUGAAUAACGCUCUGUUGAGAUGGACGCGUGAUGGGAAGGAUGGCAUCGGUGCACCUGUUUCUCGCGCUCCUCGCGCUCCAGGCCAGUCUCGCCUCGGCGGCGGAUCGAAAAUUCGGCUGCCUGUUCGAGGAGGGUCUGUGUAUGAACUAUGAAGUCUGUCUUAAUGAUGGCAUGUUCGGCCGCUGUGAGGCUGCUCCACUAACAGACGUCUAUACGUAUGACAUCACGCCAGCAACGGUACAGAGAUACCGAACGCUGCUUCAAAGGCUGGCACACAGAGGCUUGGCGUGGGAAGAUGACAUCACACAGCAGGUUUUAUCUAAUGAGUUCUCCAAACUACGCAAGAUUUCACUUCCGUUAGCAGAUAUCAGGCCGCAGGCUUUUGGUACAGCUGCUGGAGACAGAAGAAUGAAAUCAUCAGAGCUCAGACAAACCCUGAGAUACCUGCAGCACCUGGGGCUGAUACCAAAAACCUCACAAAAGGAGGCGGAGCUUCAGUACUUUCGCUCUGAACAACCACGCCCUAAAGCUGACUCCAGCCCUCCUGAGUUCACUCCAGAAUUACCAUAUCAAUCACAGUCUUACCCUGAUCUCACCCGAUACCAGAGCGAAGUGGUACAAAGUCUCCCAAAGGAAGAUCGAUCAGAUCUACUCAUGGCCGCUCUCCAAAAGUAUCUGACCCAGAACAAACCAUCUCAGCCCGUCCUGGGUGAGAGACCCAAAGUAGACCGAUUUAAAGAUGGAUCCAAAAAGCCUCCUGCGAGUGAUUCUCUCACAACUGUAGAUGAAUCAUUCAUCUGGAAAGUUUUGCAGAACGUGGGGAGGCACAGUGUGGAUGUGAAGAGUCUGAAAGCAUCAGAUCUGGAUAAGCUUGCCGUUCUUAUAGCAAACGCUCUGCAGGUGGUGGAACAGCAGGCGGGACAGGGAGAGAUGCCCAGAGACCUUGGGACACAGGAAAAUCCUGAAGACCAGACAGAGGACCUAGAAUAUGAAGACCAGAUAGAGCAACAGCAUCCUGAGAGUGAUGUAGUGGAUCAGAUCGCUGAAGACAGUGCUCAGAAACUGAAUGAAGUUGAAGAGGAAAAUGUAUCUGUCACUCAAAAGACUCUCCAAACCAUCCCAGCUGUGACAGAGGGACAGACAUUAGAAGAGGAAAAAAGAAACAUGGAUGACAAGCAUGAAGUUGGACUCUUCGGAAAGUUGCUGGAAUACCUGGAUAAAACAUCAAACUCAGAACCUGAGUUGGUUAAUACGGGGAAGGGCAUAUCUGUGGAAACGGUGCAUAGCCGAACGACGCAUAGAGAAGUAGGAAUGCAGAAAAAGGCAAUUGAACAAAUGGAGGAGGUAGAGGGCUGGGUACAGGCAGCUGCUAUAGCGCCCUCUUCUGGUCUGAAGGAAGACCCUGCACCACGCCGCAAGAACAUGAAAGUACAAGAUCUUCAGCUAGAUGUCCAAACCAAGACCAAGAGUGACAUCUAUGGAUACAUUAUCACUGAUACAGAGAAUCUUCCCACUGAUAAGGGUUUGUAUCUGAUGGAGCUGGUGGCUCGUAAAGCGAAGAUUCAAAUGACAGAUUUCUCAGAUCUCUCUGUUGUUAGUCCGGCUGUGACAUUUCAAGUCCGUCCAAAUGCUCAGAACAUCACCACAGCUGAUGUUGCUAAUGUAGCAGUCCAUCAGAAAGAUGAAGUUGAAAAAGAAGCAAAAAUCAAGAUUGUGGAGGCUGGAGUAACUGAUAGGAGUAAACUGAAUGAGAUUCCCACUAAGUACAGUCGCUCAGAAUCACUCAAGUUUCUGAUUUUGACUGUCAUUUCUCUCGUGUGUAUCGCUGGAGUGUUGUUGGCAUCGACCGUGAUCUACUGUCUGCGUCACCGCUCUCAUCACAAACUCAAAGAGAAGCUCACCAACCUCACUUCUGAUCAAACAACUGAUGCCACUGCUACUUACCAGGAACUGUGUAGGCAGCGAAUGGCUGUAAAGCCUUCUGUAGAGAAGUCAGAUCCUAUUCACUCUUCUCGAAUAAACAGUGUCUCAUCUCAGUUGAGUGACGGGCCAAUUCCCAGCCCAUCUGCACGCACUAGCACCUCGUCCUGGAGCGAAGAGCCUGCCCACUCCAACAUGGACAUAUCGACUGGACACAUGAUACUGGCAUAUAUGGAGGACCACCUGAAAAAUAAAAAUCGUUUGGAGUCGGAAUGGGAAGCUCUCUGUGCAUAUCAAGCCGAGCCGAAUUUAACCACCAUCGGUCAGAGAGACGUCAAUGCCAAGAAAAACCGCACCAGCACAGUCAUAGCCUAUGAUCACUGCAGAAUAACUCUAAAGGCAGAGAACAAUCAAGGCAACUCGGACUACAUCAACGCCAGUCCAAUUAUGGAUCAUGAUCCUCGUAACCCAGCGUACAUUGCCACUCAGGGUCCUCUGCCCUCCACUGUUGCAGACUUCUGGCAGAUGGUCUGGGAGAGCGGGUGUGUGGUGAUCGUCAUGUUGACGCCUCUCACUGAGAACGGUGUCAAACAGUGUUACCACUACUGGCCUGAUGAAGGCUCCAAUCUCUACCACAUUUACGAGGUUAAUCUGGUUUCAGAACACGUGUGGUGCGAGGAUUUCUUGGUUCGAAGCUUUUACCUGAAGAACAUGCAGACUAAUGAAACCCGUACAGUCACGCAGUUCCACUAUCACACCUGGCUGACCGACCAAACACCGGAAACCAGUCAAACCCUGCUUGACUUCCGCAGGAAAGUAAACAAAUGCUACCGUGGAAGGUCCUGUCCUGUCAUUGUUCAUUGCAGUGAUGGUGCUGGGCGGACUGGGACGUAUAUUUUGAUUGACAUGGUGUUAAAUAAAAUGGCCAAAGGUGCAAAGGAGAUUGAUAUUGCUGCUACAUUGGAGCACCUGAGAGACCAGAGACCUGGCAUGGUCCAGACUAAGGAGCAGUUUGAGUUUGCACUGACCACAGUAGCCGAGGAAGUGAAUGCUAUUCUAAAAGUCCUGCCACAGUGAAACUUCCUUAUUCCUUUCUUUGACCUGUUACCCUCUUCCCUCUCGCUCUUGUAUAAACUCUGAUCUAGUUCCUGAGAAAGAUAUAUGUCUUAUAGAAACUAUUUUAUCUGUAAAAUGAUUGGACUAUUUACAUUAGUAUACUGUGUGUGUGUUUUAGUUUUGUGUCAAUAUGAAGGCACAUUUCAUUCUUGAUUGUUUGAUUUAAAUUGGUCUUUCAUCAUUGCUUUCUAUUGCAUAUAACACAGAAAAUUCAAGUAAAUACAGUUCUGUUCUAAAUACAGUAUGUAUUGAGCGGACUUUAACUACUGUAUAUUAAUCUGUAUGUUAUUUAAGAUAGAACUGUGCUGUACAGGUUACAUGUGCCAACUACAGUUGAUCAAAGGAUUCACUAACAGCAUCUGAUACAGUUUAUUCAUAACAACAACAUGAGCCAAUUUCUGCCUUUUCAAGCCAAGGAAAAGUUCAUUUAAUCAUGAUAGCAGAUUUUUUCAGUUUUCAAAUUUUACUAUAAGACUAAACAUCUUGCAACGUCCCAUUUAUAGUUGGUUUUAAAAUGCAACCUGUGCGCAUAAAGACUGUGUAUGGAUAGCAAAUACUGUAGAAAUGCAUGCAAGAUUUGUGCAGUUGUGCUUCAUGAACUUACAGCAAUCUCGUCCAUAGGAAAUGUAAAAAAAGCAGAAUUGUUAUUGUCUUAAUCUGGUGAAUUAAAAAAUGCAAUAUCAGA